AUGGAGGAACUCGAAGCUGUGAGAGUCAAGUGGAAGAAUGGAAAGUCGUGCGGGCCAGAUAUGGUCUCCCACGAGGCCCCUAAAGCCAUACAGCCCCGCCCGAUCUGGGGGAAUCGCCUUCUGGAGCUGUUUAACGAUAUGUUCUACACAUGUCGCAUUCAUGAAAACGUCGAGGCGGGGGCUACAAUCCUACUCGCAAAAGUUCCACAACCGCUUACAUGGGGGGAGACCCGCCCCAUAACGUUAUCGUCGGUCCUGCUGAAGUCCUUUGGCCAGCUCCUCCUGCAACGCGCGGGGGACGCAGUUCAGACCCCCGCCAAGCUGCAGUGGUGCCGGCGGGGGAGGCAAGGCAUCGAGCUGAUCAUGAUCCUCCGGCGCCUCGCGCGCCUUGCCCACGAUUGGGGCCUCGAGCUCUACAUCGCGAAGCUCGACAUAAGAAAAGCAUUCGACUCUAUAUUUCAAGAAAGCCUAGCAGAUCACGUGUGCAGACGAGUGGGGGAAGAUGCCCACAAGCCAUGGGAAGCCCGGGCAUGGGUCUCCCUCCUACGUGCCCCGCAAAUCCUCAUCCACGACCUCGCAGCGGCCAUCAGUGUGGCCGGGGUGGCUAAACCCCGCACGGGCAACCCUCCACCAGCGGACGGGGGGAGUUAUAUGGACGACAACUUCAUCUGGUCCAUCGACAGAAAGCGCUUCCAGAGAAUGCUUGAUGAGCUCAGCGAAAGACUUCCCAAACGAGGCCUCCACCUACACCCUGGUAAGACUGACAUCAUCCAGAACGGGGGCAACCCCGUCAAGUUUGUGGUGGCAGGAGAGACAGUCCUCACAAAUGGACCCAAACACAUCUUUCAUGUGUUGGGAAGUCCCCUCUCCUUUCAAGGGGGAACACCAAUGCUGGUCGCGGAAAUGCAGAGCCGCGCCCGCAAAGCCUUCUGGAGCCACCGUGAAGCCUUCACCUCCCCGGGCGAGCCUCAAGGAUAA